AAUUGACAUUUGUUAAUUUUUUUGAGGUUAUUUUCUUUUCCUUGCGCUUGUGUUUUCCACGUGUUGAGGAUAGUUUUGUUGUUUGAUUGUUGAUGGAGUCUUAAACGUUAUACAAUGGCCAAGUUAUAUGUUUUGUUUGAACAUGCUGCCGGCUAUGGGGUCUUCAAAGUGGAAGAAUUCGAAGAAGUGGGAAUGCUUCUUCCACAACUAGAGGCUGCUGUGACCGAUGUAAGUCGAUUUAACAGCAUUGUGAAGCUGGUGGGAUUUUCUCCGUUUAAAUCUGCCUUGACUGCUUUGGAAAAUAUCAAUGCUAUAUCUGAAGGUAUCCUACCCGAGGAAUUACAGCAUUAUCUCGACAUUACGAUUCCUAAAGGUGGCAAGAAAGAUAAAGUUACUUUGGGUGUGAGUGAUCCGAAGCUUUCCGCUGCUAUAACCGAAGGUUUAGGCAUUACCUGUAGCCAUGUGGGUGCUGUACCGGAAAUUAUCAGAGGAAUCAGACAUCAUUUCCACCAUUUAGUGAAAGGUUUUACGUUGAAGAGUUCGGGAGUCGCCCAGUUGGGUUUGGGGCAUUCGUAUUCUCGUGCUAAAAUAAAGUUCAAUGUACAUAGAGUGGAUAACAUGAUCAUUCAAUCUAUAGCUUUAUUGGAUCAAUUGGACAAAGAUAUUAACACAUUUUCUAUGAGGAUUCGCGAAUGGUAUUCUUACCAUUUCCCAGAAUUGGUCAAAAUAGUGCCAGAAAAUUACACCUACGCAAGAGUGGCUAAAUUCAUCAAAAACAGGAAGGAAUUAUCCGAAGGAUCUUUGGAAGGCUUGGAGGAAAUAACUAUGGAUUCGGGCAAGGCUCAGGCUAUUUUGGACGCUUCUAAAUCCAGCAUGGGCAUGGACAUAAGCGAUAUAGAUUUGUUGAACAUUGAAAUGUUCGCCACGAGAGUAAUAUCUCUGGCCGAUUACAGGAAACAAUUGGCCGAAUACCUGACUAGUAAAAUGUCAGAUGUAGCACCGAACCUCGCUAAAUUAAUCGGCGAUCAAGUGGGCGCUAGGUUAAUUGCCCAUGCGGGAUCGUUAACAAAUCUAGCUAAAUAUCCUGCUUCUACUGUUCAAAUUUUAGGAGCCGAAAAGGCUUUGUUCAGAGCAUUAAAAACUAGAGGCAAUACUCCUAAAUAUGGCUUAAUCUUCCACUCUACUUUCAUCGGUCGAGCUGGGCCCAAGAACAAGGGACGCAUCUCGAGAUACCUGGCUAAUAAAUGUUCGAUAGCCUCGAGAAUCGAUUGUUUCGCUGAUUCUCCUUCUUACGUGUUCGGGGAAAAACUGAGGCAACAGGUGGAAGACAGGUUGAAGUUCUACGAAAACGGAGAUAUUCCCAAGAAAAACAUCGAUGUUAUGAAGGAGGCCUUGGAGGAGUACCAGCAGCAGGUCGUUGAAGCUCAGUCUGAAAAGAAGAAGAAGAAAAAGAGGAAGUCGCAAGGUUUGGAUAAUUCUUCGGUAGGCGAAGAGAACGGUUUGAACGGGUCCGAGGAGUCGCCGAAGAAGAAAAAGAAAAAGAAGUCGAUAAUGGAAGAAAGCCAGGAGGGAAGUUUAAACGGUACUUUGGAUGAAAGUACGGAUGUCCCGAAGAAGAAAAAGAAGAAGAAGAAGCAGUCGUUGGAAGCGGCCGAAUAAUUUCGUUUUACAGCGGCAAAUACCGUUUUAUUCUAUGUAGUUUAUAAAAAUCAAGUAAAUUGUAUCUUCUUUAGUCGUAAGUUGUCAGGUUCUAUCCAAGUUAAUUUUGUAAUACUAUUUCUCUAAAGUUUAAAUGUUUUUUAACUGUUUACCUACUUCUGUAAAAG